CCAUCAUGCAGUAGGCUAUUUUUUUCAUGAUCUGCUAGCAGCUAGCUAGCUAGCUAUAUAUAUUUUAACAGCUGGAUAAUUUUUUUUUAUUUGUCAAAUAUAUAUAUGUUAUAAAUCUGUUAAGUAGUUAAUAAACAAUUUUUUUGCGUUUUGAUAAAUUUUCCCUACCUCCAACUUCUCAAAACAUGUUAUCAGUAUACAGUUCUGGAAUCAGGACACCUAACUAGCAUCUUAUCAUGCGCGACACGAACGAUCCGCGAUCCUAUCCUGACCAUCGCUGUAGAAAAAUGUUAACGAAGAGUUUUGUGAUAGUCGCAAUGUAUAAAAAAAUAAUGAUGCUAUCGUGAUCGUCACUAUUAAUCGUGAUUGUUGCGAUGGAUCGCGAAUAACAUUAAAAAUAUUAAACAAUAGAUGUGUAUAGCUAAUAUUGUGUCUUUGUUUUUGUUUUUUUACAUUUAAAAAUUCUUUUGCAUCUUGUAUUUUUAUUAGAAACUUAAUUACUUGUUCUACAGGCGAAGUAGAUAGUAGUUUACGGUCUGUCAGUCAGUGAAAUAAUUUUAUCGAGAAUGUAUAAGUGGUAGGAACAACAAAAAAUAAAAUAAAACAAUGGAGGAGGGUGUUACAACAAGCAUAUUUUCUAUGUAUGUUUGCUUGUAUUAGCGAAUGUUAAAUUAGCGAAUAUCCGAUUUAAUGAAAGUUCAUGGAAAAAUAAGAAUGUAUGGUCGGAACAACAACAAAAAGAAGAAAAUAACAACGGAGGAGGGUGUUAUGACAAUCUUUUUUUCUAUGUAUUUUUGCAUAACGCACGCAGUUUAUAUUUUUAGUUGGGAAAGAAAAACAAUAAUACUUUGUCUCACUAAAAAAAUGUAACUAGUACUCAAGGUGAAAAGAUAAAAAUACUUGCAUGUUAAAAAACUUGUUUUCAAAAGUUAUGCAGCAAGUUUUUUUGUGUUGUUUUGAAAGCUGUACAGCAAGAAUUAUUCUUGUGCUGUUUCGAAAGUUAUACAGAAUAUACCUGAUAAUGGAAUUGUCUGAUUCAUUUGAUGCACAUGAACCCGAUAAAUCAAAUGUCCAUUCAAUCAAUAGCAUGGAUGACACAGCUGGAACAUAUUUUGAUCAAAAGAUUCCUAUUCCAAGAGCUUUAAACUCUGAGGAAGAUGAGCAAUACAAGUUCAGUUGGAGGCGAUUAUGGGCAUUUACUGGCCCUGGAUUUCUCAUGAGCAUUGCAUAUUUAGAUCCUGGUAACAUUGAGUCUGAUUUACAGCAGGGUGCAGUAGCGCAAUACAAAUUGCUAUGGGUACUUUUAUUGUCUACCUGUAUGGGCUUGUUAAUGCAGGUUUUGUCUGCACGACUGGGAACUGUCACUGGAAUGCAUCUGGCAGAAGUUUGUCAUCAGCGUUAUCCACGCAUACCUCGAGUCAUACUCUGGAUAAUGGUGGAAAUAGCAAUUAUUGGCAGUGAUAUGCAGGAAGUCAUUGGUACUGCUAUAGCUUUUUAUUUGUUAUCCAAUGGAAAGAUCCCAUUAUUUGCCGGUGUUUUGAUUACAAUAUGUGAUACCUUCGUAUUUCUUUUAUUGGAUAAAUAUGGAUUAAGAAAAUUGGAGGCUUUCUUUGGUUUCCUUAUCACGGUUAUGGCGAUAUCAUUUGGUUAUGAAUAUGUCAUAGUAUUGCCAGAUCAAGGUGAUCUUUUAAAACAUAUGUUUAUACCGAGCUGCGAAAAUUGCAAUUCAGAAGUUGUGAAACAGGCUGUAGGCGUGGUUGGCGCAGUGAUAAUGCCUCACAAUUUUUAUCUUCAUUCAGCCUUAGUAAAGUCACGUGAUAUAAAUCGUAAUAACAAAAAAGCAGUAAAAGAAGCUAACAUGUAUUAUUUGAUAGAAUCAGCUAUUGCUCUUGGUGUAUCGUUUAUUAUAAAUGUGUUUGUGGUUAGUGUAUUUGCAAAGGCAUUUUACGGCAAAACAUAUGGCAACGUGUAUGAAAAUUGCUAUCGAAAUCACAAUCCGCAUGCUGAACUCUUUAAUAAAACCGGAAAUGGAUCUAAUGAACUUAUUGAAGGCAACUUGUUUAACGGAGGUAUAUUUCUUGGUUGUGAGUUUGGUCUAGCUGCAAUGUAUAUUUGGGCCAUUGGAUUAUUAGCUGCUGGUCAAAGUUCCACAAUGACGGGCACUUAUUCUGGACAGUUUGCCAUGGAGGGCUUUUUAAAACUGCGUUGGUCCAGAUGGAAGCGAGUUUUACUCACUCGAAGCUUAGCUAUUGUCCCUACUUUAGCAUUGACAUUUUCAGAAGGUAUAAACAGAUUGACCGGUAUGAAUGACUGGUUAAACGUACUGCAAAGUCUUCAGUUACCGUUCGCGAUCUUGCCAUUGUUAACGUUUACGAACGAUAAAACUGUCAUGAAAGGUUUCACCAAUCACAUAUUUUUAAAAGUGUUCACUUGGUUAUUGGCAGGUGUUAUUAUCGGCAUUAAUAUGUACUUUGCUGCUGUCAAUUUAGAGAGUAUUAAUAACAAAAUCUUCUAUCUUCCUGCUUCGAUAUUUAUAUUCACUUGGUUUUUGUUUUAUCUUGUAAUGGGUUAUUUCGCAGCAGGAUUUACAUUCCUAGACUUUAUAUCUUGCAUGAAGAAGCCAUCUGUUGAGUAUGAAAAAUUUGGUGAAGACGACGACGACGGCGCCGAUAAAAUAGAAGAUGAAGCAAGGCACGCUGUGCUACCGCCAGAAUAAAAGAAAUAAAAAAUUAUUUUUAAUUUAAAUUUAGGGAAGAUUAUUUUUGUACGCUUUGUAAUCAACACUGUUAAUUAGGACACUUAACUGUUUUUGGAGAAGGAUUGGUUAGUGUCAACUAUCUUAAAAAAUUAGAAAAAUUUAAGGAAAACUUUAACCUAAGGCACAAGAAAAGUAAAAUUUUAUUCUUAAAAAUUUUUAAUUUUACCCUUUUAAAAUUUAGCACUGUUUUGUGCUCAAUGCGCAUGUGUUUAUUUUAAUUGAGCACGCGCAGUAAUAUUACCUAGUCUUAGUGAAGGCCUAAAUAUUUAUAUAUGGCUUGUUUUUUUCAAGAAAUGUAUUAUAACGUAUUAUAAUAUAUUUCUAUUUAACACUUAGUUCUGUUAAAGGUAACGCUUUUUGUAUUAAGCUUUUGUAUUUUGUAUUUUUGAAUUAAGUAACGCUUUGCC